AAGCUAUUGGAAAUCUUACAGCCGGCCGUAGGUCUAUGGUAUUUUGGAACACAGAUUCUACUGCCAAUUUUUACCAGGGAUCCCUUCGAUUAUGGCCUCAACUUACGUAGCUUUCUUCGAGCUCGUUUCGAGCCUUGUUUAUCAAUCUUACAAUUGCUUUCUGUUGUAUUCGUAUUUUCGGACUGUGUUUUCGUUUGCUUUGCACUCCAUACAUUGCAUUGAGGAGACGAACGAUUUUACCUCAAGUUGAUUUCACUCGCACACAUUUCACUUUAAACUGUUUAACUGUCUGGCAGUGCAUUUUUUGGUAUGAUUUUUUACUUAACUUUACUAUUGACAAUAAGUCAUAACUGAUGUGAAUCCUGACCAAUAAACUUGAACUUCAUCAUAUAUGUAUUAUGAACUUUACAUACUGGAUUCAAUAAACUUAAAUAGACUUUCUGCAUGAAUCAAUGCGCCUUAACAACACACUGUGUUGGAAUUCACGGCUUGUUUUUAUUUCAUAAAAGCUAUUCAGCGGACACAUCUGCUCUAUAUUUUCCAUGAAUAUUAUCCGGAUAAAUGAAGACUGCUCACCGGAAUUUUAAGAAAAAUGUGGUGAUCAAUUUGAUUUUAAAAAACAAAACGAACCUUUAGCAAAGAUUUACAACGACAAAAUCGAAGACACGCAUUUUUCAACUUUUUUCAGGCAUUGAUUUUUGACGCCUCUAACUUGCAACAAGAAAAAUCACCAAGCAUGAAAGUGACUCUGAAGGACGAAUUGAAAAUAGGUCAUGAAAGUAUUGAAGAAAGAACAUUGAAUAGAAACAAUGGGCUGAUUGAAAAUAGGUCAUGAAAGUAUUGAAGAAAGAACAUUGAAUAGAAACAAUGGGCUGUACUGUAAAAUGUUACGGGCUUCUAGGCUGAUGAGGCAUGCAGUCACUGCUAUAGUUUUCCUCAUGCAUGUUGUUCUCUAAUACGGAGUAGUCAAGCUACUUUCAGUUAUACCGCAGUUAACAGUUGCUAUAAUAUUUACAGGUACUGCCCCGGCGAAUUAAAUAUGAAUUCUGUCAGUUCAGUGAUCAAACGAGUGUGCCUGGCGAGAAAAGCUGGACGCCCAGCCAUUAAAUAUCGGAUCCAACUUAUAGAUGAUUCUUUGGUCGAAGGAAGUGUAGAGUUUAUGGAGAAGAGACUAAUGGCUUCGAAGAAAUAUCACAUGACAAUUACCUCACAUCUCGGUUUCUCGUCAGAUAAAGAGGCAGUGGAUGAAUUCAAGAGUUUACGGAGAAAAUAUUUUUCCGAGGGAAUCUCCGUGGCAGCUUUGCUUGAGGAUGAUUUUGGAAAUCAAGGACCUGUGAUCGCGUGUAAUGUACUGUACAAAGAGAGUAUGUCAGAAACAGAAUUCCGGACGGAUCCAAUGAGACUACUCGAUCAAACAAUGGCCGACGCGAAAAAACAUGUGGACGUGCUCAAGACUUUCAACUGCGCCGAUUACAUCAACUCCCUUGGCUUUGCGGUGGCGAGCGACUUCCAGAGUCAGGGCAUCGCGACAGAACUCUUAAUGGCGCGUGCCGAAGUCUGCCGGCUCACCAACAACCCGGUCUCCGCGAACGUCUUCACCGGUCCUCGCACCCAGAAGGCGGCCGCAAGAACCGGCUUCCAAACACUUUCGGAGCUCGACCUCAGGAAGUAUCGGAUAGGCGAUAGGAUCGUAUAUCCCGAAGCCGACGGGUGGCCCACCAUCAAGUUCAUGGCCCAAAAAUAUUUUUAGAUGAAAAUAUUUGGAUUUACACUGAAAAAAAAUCUCUGUGUAUUUACUAAGAAAAGGGUAAAAUUACCAACAA